GCUUUGGGGAGUGAUUUCGAAACGAUAAAAAUAUUGUGAUCCUUUUUGUGAAAAACUUUUGAUGCCAAAAUACGCACAAAAAAAGGAGAUGAUAACGAAGAUCGGAGGCGGUGCUAUGGUAGUUUUCCGGCAUCCUCCGCCGACGGCGAGCCUCAGGUGCUUCGCCGCAUCCUCGAACUCCAACCUCCUCCGUUCUGAGCUCGAUUGCCUCCACGUCGAGGCGGAGUCAACCCGUUCCAAAGCAAACAGUGCAAGGUUAAGACUUCUGCGACUGUCUGAGGCUGCGGAGAAUCUACGGAGACAAGCUGCUGUAAACAUUCAGACGGGGAAAGAGAAUGAUGCCAGAGAGUUGCUUGUUCAAAAGAAGAAGGUUAUGCAAGCCUUGGAGAAGGCCAAAGCUCGUAUCGAAGUUCUGGAUAAGCUUACAUCAAAGCUUCAUGAGGCAAUUUCUAUCAAGGAAUCACAGCUGGUUGGGAGUAUAUCUGUGGAUCUUGAAGUGGAUAGAGACGAUACUCCAGGCGUAGUUCACAUUGUAUCUCCAAAGCCUGAAUAUGUUCAAGACGAGAAUGCAGGAGACGACAGCAAAUCAGAGUUCAAUCUGGAUAUUGGAAAACGAAUUCAAGACGAGAAUGUCGGAUCUCAUGAACCAGAAGAUGUUUCGAGUAGUAGUAUCUUCACGGAAGUAUCCUCCUAUGAGACCUUCUUGAAAAAUUUAGACCAACAGCUAGAGAAAAUCGAAGAUGAACUGGUUACUAUUCUAAAUGUCUCAUCCUUAGUGCUCAAUCGUGAAGAAAAGCCCAAGAACCUAAAGGUCCAGCAGAUGACCGAAAUUCUUGAUGGUAUUCACAGUGUCAGAGAAAGAAUUGCGGAUAUCAUUUGUGCAGAGGCGAAGACCAACUAGUGUUCCAAGCCUUUAUAUUCAAUUUGCUACAUUCCAGGCGCCAGUUCUAAUCUUCUUGGUAAAAGUUGAACCUUGACCAAGCCAGUUUCGUGGUGGUUUCGCUGGGCUUAUGACCAAGGUUAUUCUAAAUGUUUAUUAACCGUUUUCUUCAUGGUAUUUAUACGUGAAAGUGAGUUAGGUGGCCUAAUUGUUGGUAUAUCAUAUAUAAGCUACAGCACAAUGGACAGAAUAAACCGAAAAAAGUUUGUGUGUACAUGAAGGGUUAGUAUUUUUUUUAUCUUUGUGUGCAGAAUGAGCAUAGUGAUUCCACGCAUAGUGUACAUAUCAUUGGUUGAUAUCCUUAAUAAAUGGGCAUUUGUGUCCUCUGCUACUUAUUUGUUUGGUAUUUCCAUAAAGUGAACAGAUUCUGGGCUUUAUUAACAUUCCUAUGUGGCUUUCCUGAUAUAGGUUACUCUUUAUCCGGUUCAUGCUUCCGUAUGAGUCAUCUGUUAUUUUAUCUACUUAUGUUGUUCCAGAUAGAAUCCAACUCAAUAGUGCAUGCUUAUGAUCCAUGAUCUUUUUUUUUUGUUACUUGUGUCAAUCUCUUUAUCUUAACCUCUUGUUGUGCUCCAGUGGCAGAUAUCAUUUGUGCUGAGUUAAUGAUCUUGGAAUGAAUAUGUCUUCUCCACAUUUCUUCAUUGUCCAAACAUCAGAAAGGUAAUGAAAGUAAUGCUUCUCUUGUUCCCCUAAGCUACUGAAGAUGUUGCUAUUAGUAUUUUCAAGGAACUUGUGGUCUAUGACUUGUGUGACUCCUACACCAUGAAUAAAGGAAAGUUUUUUUUA